GCAUCAUCAGCAGGGUUUGAACUGAGAAACUUCAGCACCAAACCAGAGAUCUUGGCCACUUGAUCCGAAGGAGUAACUCCAUCAGCUGGGAGCAGUAGCAGGCAGUUAUCCUCUGUGGAUCAGCUACAGAGGGGGAGGAAUGUGAAACACACUGAACAAUGGGAUUAGCUCCAGGGGCAGGGACCUGUUUUUGGGGACAGGAGCAUCAGCGUUCCACCCCAUGCUGCCCUCCUGCUGUGGCGCAUAGGGACAAUUAUGUGGGGCUGCAGUUAUUUUUGGGAGUUGGCUGAAAAGGUAGAAGAUCACCUUCUGUGUUGAAAGGUGUUCAACCCUGUUGUACUGUGAACAUGAGCUGAGAUGUGUCCCGCCCCCUUAGCAUGUGGAUGUCUUUGUGAACUCCAUUUCUUCUCCAGUGCAUUUGGUUACAUUAUGCUCCAGUGUCUCAGGAGUCUGUCGUGUUGCUGAAGACGUGUCCUGCACAGGACCCCAGUGGAGAACUGCUUGGAACCAGGCCCCUCCAUGUUGGCACAACAAUUCCUGCUCUUCUGCUGAGGCAUCCCGGAUGUCUCCCCUUUGUGUGCUGGAUUACUGGGCAGUAGCGUUAAAGGAUGGCUAUGUAGCUUCUUGACCACAAAGCUGGCAGGCGGCACCCUCCCCUCCCACCUCUUCCUCACCUAGGAUUUAUAGUUUCUUUCUUUCUUUCUUUUUUAAUUUCUAAAGUAGGUUUUAAAAGAUUAAACAUUUUUCAAAAACAGCUCUCAAAAAUGACAAGCCUGUUCCGGCGGAGCAGCAGCAAUGGCAGCUCAAGGAACAGCUCUUCCGCCCAGGAACUCAACAACAGCCGGCCCACCAGGCAGGUGCGACGGCUGGAGUUCAAUCAGGCCAUGGAGGAUUUCAAGACUAUGUUCCCCAAUAUGGAUUAUGACAUUAUUGAAUGUGUUUUGAGGGCUAACAAUGGAGCUGUGGAUGCCACCAUUGACCAGCUCUUACAGAUGAAUUUAGACGGCAGCGGUUAUGAUGACAGCUCGGACUCAGAUGACAGUAUUCCCCCAGAGAUUUUGGAGCGGACGCUGGAACCAGACAGUUCGGAUGAAGAGCCUCCUCCUGUCUACUCGCCCCCUGCCUAUGAUAUGCAUGUCUUUGACCGGCAGUAUCCACAAGCUCCACCGAGCCCCCCUCCCAGGAUUGAUGUACCCAAUUCGAGUGGCCCUCAGGUGCACAGACGGUACAGGAACUGGAAUCCACCAUUACUAGGCAACCUUCCUGAUGAUUUCCUUCGCAUUCUACCCCAGCAGAUGGACAGUGUGCAGAGUUCACAAAGUUGCCAUCAGACUGUGCCGGGCGAGGGCAGCCAGAGAUCCCAGGGCACGUUGGACCAAGAGAGGAAGUGGAAACAGUACCUGGAAGAUGAGCGAAUUGCGCUCUUCUUACAGAACGAAGAGUUCAUGAAGGAGCUCCAGAGGAACCGGGAUUUUCUCCUGGCCCUUGAGAGAGAUCGACUGAAGUAUGAGUCAAAAAAAUCCAAGUCGACCAGUGUUGCCGUCAGUAACGAUUUCAGCUUUUCUUCUAUACAACCAGGUGACAUAGCCCCUGUAACCAGCGAGGCCAGCAGUGCUGUGUCUGAAGAUGCCUUAUUCAGGGACAAAUUGAAACACAUGGGAAAAUCUACACGCAAGAAGCUGUUUGAACUUGCCAGGGCUUUCUCAGAGAAGACCAAGAUGAAGAAGUCAAAAAGAAAACACUUACUGAAGCAUCAGGUGAUGGGGACAGCAGCUUCCACAGCUAAUCUUCUCGAUGACGUUGAAGGACACUCGUGCGAUGAGGAUUUCCAAGCAAGAAGGCAGCAGCUACACGAGGAAGAGGAGAGGCCGAAAGAAGGACAAUAAAUGAUCCCAGAUCCAUUGCCUGAACUGGGCUUUAUUUGUUAAAGUCUUAAGAAGAAGAUGGCUGCAAAGAAAAAACAAUUUCCUUGGCUCCCCCCACUAUCAUCCUCUUCUGAAGUACAAGUAUUAAAGUGAGGCACAAUUUUCUCUUCCCAGCGGGUUUGAAAACACUUCUUUCCUAUCCAGCAAAUCCAGCCAAAAAUCAGCAGCUGAUCUGAAUUUUUCUCAGUCACUGCAGUGAAGAUAACGGAUUUCAAGCUUGUGGGAAUAAUGGCCUAUCCCCCACCCUCUUUGAUAUAAACAUGGUUUGGAUAUGAAUUAAAAACAAUAAUAACAAUACAUUGAACAGCUGGGCUCUGGCUUGCCCAUUUUUAAACAUAUCACUGUAGCAAUCUGAUGUAACUUUACGCACAUAAAAAAAGACCUGAAAAAUGUUGUUUAUUGUUAUUGUUCUAAGAGUUAAUAAGCCAGGAUCCAGAUCAGGUAAUAGGCAGGAUAAUAUAAAUUGUCUUUUUAAAAAGAAACGGCCUUCUCCUGGGCAUCUCACAUUGAAUUAAACCUUUGCCUCAGGCACUGAUAAAAAUGCCUUGAACUAGACACCAAGCUGGGGCCAGUUUCUCCUCCAAUGUACCACUUUCUCUAGCUUUGUGCUGCUGCUCUUGUGAUAUUAUGGUACCUUUACAGAGCAGGAAUGGGGGGGGCGGGGGAGGGCUGAAUUUCAAAGCUGUUUAGUUCUCACUGCUGAUUUCUGAAUUAGAACAUAUCCCACGGGUUCUCAUUUGGAUUGUUCAUGACAGUUGGCUGCUCCCUAUGUAGAAGGCAAUGAGUUUUGGCGGUCUAGAAACACUUACCAGAUUAGAUGGGAGGGGAUUGUAGAUGGGGGCCUUAUUUGAUUCACCUCUGAGUUUGCACAUCAUAGGCUAAAUCCUGCUUAAUGUGAGUCUCACAGUUGACUUCAGGGGGAUCAGAAUUUUGCCUCAAGUUGAGACAUGAGUGGGUUUUCUCUAGCUGAGCCCACUUGGGCUAUGGGCACAGACCUGAGAGCAGUUCUCAUAACAUGAAAUGAAGAGGAGAUUGGUUCAGAGCUCGCCGAUCAAUGUGAGGAUGACAUCCCUCCUCCAGGAGAGAGCUUGGAAUCUGGUGGAACAUUGUAGAGAUUAAAAGUAAUGCUCAAAUCAUUGGAAUUGAAAUGGACACUGUCAGGCUAAAAAAAAAAAUUGAAAAUAAAUUCCUUCCCUGUGCUACUAACAGCAGUGUCAAUAACUGAAAUAACUCCCCCCAAGCAAGUUUUCUUUUCUGCAUCAAUACUGUCUAUUUACUUCUCAGCUUGGGCAGAGAGAAUAGACUAGUCCGUCUCACUUUCUGGGUCCCAUGCAAUAGCACAAGCGCUGCAACGUUUGGGUUGCAAAAGCAGCAGGAAGACGCACCGAUCCAAGCAAUCAGGCCAACAAAAACCUGUUUUCAUUGCCUUUCUAUUAGGCUUUGUAACAAAAGCCCACAUUGCAGGCUUAAACUCCCUGACAGGCUCCUUUCAAAAUCUGCUGGAGAAUCUGUAUGCCUUUGAAGCGUGUGCCAAGACUGAUUCUUUUUAAAAGUUGCUGAGCAUGAGGCUCUUGUUCCAUGCACCUGGCAUUCAAUCAAGCUACUCAAUGGAAACACGAAGGCAGUGGUGGGUUUCCUCGUCUGGGCCUGAGUAAUUUGAUACACUGUUCAGAACUAGUAGGGAUGAGCAAGAGUGGAUUCAGGCACACACAGCACUUCCUUUCAGUGCAGAAGGACUUUGAGUCUGUGUGGCAUGGAGUUUCAAGAGGUUCCUGAUGAAAGGGUCCAUGUGUCUAUUGCUGAAGUGACACGUCCUCCUGGCAGAACGUGAUUUGGAUACUACACUAACACCUCAACUGUCGCUAUAGUGCCCACGACCUCCCAGUGAGAACAUGAGCUGCUACAAACCCCGAACAGUACAGUGGGCAAGUGCAUGCAGGCUUGAAUCGGGAUGUGGACAGCAGCCAUGCCUUGGGAUCCCAGCAACUUUUGAGGUUCUCAAACACUAAAGAUCCUCUAAAGACUCAAAUCCCCCCCCACCCCCACCCAGAGCCUGUUUUUGGUGUCUGUUCCUUUAAAAAAAUAAAAGGGAGAGGAGCAUCAAUGAGUCUUUUGGUAAAACCUCCUGAGUGGCAGGAGAAAUUUGCCUGCUCCAGGGACUAGAACAGUUUCAAGUGAGGUCAUCCGUGCUCAGACAAGAAUUCAGUGGCUUGGAAGCUUCUGCAGCACGCAGGAUAUGAGGUUCCUGGAAUAUGCUUUCGAGGCUGUUCAGAGAAAGGAAGCGACUAAGGGCCUGAUAUUGAGAGCUGCCAGGCACCCACUGGCCCCUUUGAAGUCAGUGGGCGCUAUAUUGCUCAGCAUCAUUCAGGGUAAGGCCCCAAGUGUGUGUGUGUGUGUGUGUGUGUACGUGUACAUACGUAUUGGUUGCUAAGGGUGAAGCUGGAGCACUACCACUGGAAGCAGAGGGGCUUUUGGAGGAGGAGGGACUUUUAUCCCCAGCCUUAGAAUUGAAAGGUCUGUUUCUCCCCCACCCCCCUUUUCCUAUCCUCAGUUGGCUCCUACUUUAAUAAGUGCUUGGCUGUUUCUCCCUCUCCUAAAGCAGCUCUGCAUAUUUGGAAGAAAAUCAAGCUUGGAAUCAGAUCGGCUUGUAAAAGUUCCAACUCCUCUUGGCUACUGAGGGCUUAACUUUGAGAUAAGUUUCCAUGAAUGCAAAAAGGCACCAGCGGCCGAACAAACAGAAGCUCAGACUCUUGCUGGUAGGAAACUGCUGCCUGUCCCAGCAGAAACUUAUUUUUAUAAGACCUCUUGGUCUCCAGGAAGUGCUUUGUGGAUUGGGGGGAGGAGAGGGGAAAAAUACAAAUGCACCUGUCCCUCAGGACACACGUGUUGUAUGUCAGCAGCUGCCCUGCUGCUAAAUUAGUGCUAGGCUUAUUGAAAUCUUUUACUCCUUGGUCUCUCUCUAGAAAUCAGGUUGUUAUAGCACAACCUUAUGGAGUCAUGUUAACUAACAGUGUGUUAACAGUCACUAUAGACAAGGACAAGGUGUGCUUAACAUUUCAUCAUCUAGUCAUGGGUAAAUCCGACUAGAACCAUAGGGUUAACCACGGCCAGCUGACACAAUGCCUAGCACAACUUCUCCCUCUCUAUGCUGACUUCUAAGACAUCGUGUUAGUUAACAUAGCUCCCCAAGGUCGUCAUCUUAAUGCAAUCUCAGGCUAUAUCUACACUUAAAAGCCUGCAGUGGCACAGCUGCGGCACAGCUGGAGACUAGCCCAGAGGCGGCUUAUUGCCUCAUUGUUCUAUUAGGAGAUGUACUGAACACAUCUGUGAGGUGCUGAGCACCCUCUAUUCCAGUGGUUCUCAACCUGUGGUCGGGUCUUCAGACUGUGUCUAAGGGGUCCGCGAAAGACUUAGACUGAAAACUAUGUAUACACACAAUAGAUUUCCAAAGGGGUCUGAACCUCCAUUCAAAAUUGUUUAGGGAUCUGUAAAUGAAAAAAGGUUGAGAACCACUGCUCUACUCUCUUCAAAGUCAGUUGGAGGUUUGAGUGCUCAGAACCCCCCAGGACAGAGCCCAUACUGAGAUGUGACACUCCCCUGACCCACAUUGUAGGCAUAUAAAAAGCCAGACAGAGUAAAGAGUAUUUGGUGUUUUUUAGAAACUUAGCAUUGUAGUGAAUGGGAGGAGAAUAAUAUUGUUACAGGACUUCUUUGAACUGCAUUUGAUAUGCGGAGGGGGGGGGGGUUUCACAUCUUUCUGGCUUUGUUUAGACUAGGAUCUAAAGGUAGGUGUGGUGUUAGCAUGUGGUAGCUAACAAGUGCUAGCUACUAAAUGUCUAGUGUAGACAAGGCAGUGUAUAUGUUAACUUGCAUAAUUUAGCAUGUGUUAACAGAAUACACUGCCUUGCCUAUGCAGGUCUUUUAGGACGUGCUAGCUAAUGUGUUCUAACAAUGCACCUUUAGAUCCUAGUCGUGACGCAGUCGUUCUGAAUGAUGUAACCCUGUAGCCAUUUCCAAAUGUCCCGGGGGCGCCAAAUACCAUUGUAAUGGAGGAGAAAGGGUGAUUUUUUUUGUUUUCCUUUUUAAAAAUUCAGGUCUAACAAGUGGAAAGGCCACAAAGACAGGCUUGACAGCUGAAAUGCAUUUCUUCUAGAAAAAUGUACAAUACUCAGUGAUGUUUGUAUCGCUUCUAUACGAAAUGGUUUAAAAACCAAAAAAGACUUGUGACGUUUGUGAGUGUUGCUAUUUUAGAACUUAUUUCUAUAAGUAUUUUUUUCUUAAAGAUGUUUAAUAGUAAUUCAUAUAAUAAAGUCAUGUUGUACUCUUAA